CAUUUGGUGUUGUUUUCUUCAUCUGUUGCUAUUUCCUUGAAUAGUACUUUCAGUAUAAACUUGAAUUUAACAAAUAUAUAAAGGAUAGUAAUUUAGUAAAUAACAGUAUGGUAAAGUUCAUUUUAUUGCUUAUGGUGAGUUUGGUCGUUGGAGGACAUUCUGACUCUGAAUCCAGUUCUAACUCUGGCUCUGAUUCCAGUAGUAGAUGCGAAAAGUCCAAAAAAUGCCCUUUCAAGGUCAAAUCAGACCUUGUCACACUUGAAGAUUUCAAACAGAAAGUGGUGGGUGAAGUUUGGAUAGGCAUUUUUUCCUCCAAAUUCUCUGCAAACCAAUCGUUUGGCAGAAAAUGCAAUUUCGGAUGGAAUGCUACAGACUCUGACUCUGGUAUGGCCGAAUUAUUUUGCUAUUCUUUAAGGACUAACAAAUGUGAGAACUUUUCAUUGACAACAAUCAAGACAGAAGAUGAGUGUGGACGUAUACAAGAAAACGACGUUUAUUCCGCAGCUGUUGCUAAGUUAUAUAGUCAGGAUACAGACCAGUACCUAUGGCACGACGUCUGCUAUAGAUUCAACACUGAUGGCGAAUGCAUUUUUCGCUACUUAGAUCUUCUUGUUAAGAAAUGGCGAGGACUCGGUGAACUUGACCUAAAUGGACUACCCUUGCACCUUAUUGCGAUUGACAUGAAAACCAACUUUAACCUGGAUUUUUCUGGUGAAAUAGGACAGUUUUCUUGGAAAGAAGGACCUGAAUGUGGUUUGGAUGGAAGUUAGGACGAAACUCAAUUUGAAGCAACCAUAAUAGUGAGAGAUUUGACAGAAUAUUGGCGUUCUUGUAUUUCAGUUGACAUUAUUUUGAAAUUUCUAUAUAAGGCGUAAAUUCCAUUGUUACACAAUUACUGGUAGAAAUAAAAAUCACAUGAA